AUGCUUGCAGUGCCGGUACGCCAUCUGCAGUUCAUCCGUCCUGCACAGCAAAUAUGCAGGUCCUCUACAAACACCUCUCCAGCUCCAGCCGCAGAGCUCGUCUACCCUGAAUCCCAAUCCCCGCAUCACAACUCCCUCCCCUCCUUCCUGGAAUACACAUCCCGCACAGGCCUAGAUCCAACAAGCUCAACCUAUAUAGGCACUCACUAUGAGUACACCGUUCAAACUUCCCUCUGCCGCCUCGGGCUCUCUCUCCAACGCAUCGGUGGCCGCUCUGACCACGGCAUCGACCUCCUCGGCGUCUGGCCUCUCCCGUCUGCACCGCACCCCAUGAAAGUGCUUGUGCAGUGCAAAGCCUUCAAAGAGAAGCUUUCCCCGUCUUUGGCGAGGGAGUUGGAAGGCUCCUUUGUAGGCGCACCUAGUGGGUGGAGAGGCAAUGGGGUGCUGGGUUUGCUGGUCAGUCAGAAGUCCGCUACGAAAGGGGUGAGAGAGGCGAUGGGCAGGAGCCGGUGGCCGAUGGGGUACGUGCUUGUUACGCGCGAGGGGAAAGUUCUGCAGAUGCUUUGGAAUAGGAGGGCGGAGGUGGAGGGAUUGGAGGGCGUGGGUGUCGGGUUGAAGUAUGGGGGUGGUGAGAGCGGGGAGCGGGAGGUGGUGUUGACGUGGAAGGGAGAAGCGCUCGGUGCAUGA